GGGGAGCGACAGACAGCGAGGAGCCUGAGGGGAGGGGAGUAGAGGUACUUGGCUCAGUCAAGAACGCAGGCAGAGGGACGGUACGGUUGUAGGGAGAGAGGGAGCAUAGUGGCAUGUCGGCCAAUCUACGGAAACAUGUCCUGCAGGGCUCGCUUGCUACGCCAACCCGACCUGAGGACGUGCUCUCGUUCAUCACCGAGCACAUGCCGGUGCCGAGCUUGCCCGAACCACCCUCGAGCGCUCUGUCCUCAGCUGAAAUCCGACGGAGUCGCAAGUCGGCCAAGACAAACGCCUCUGUCUAUGAUCCGCAAUGGUCGACUCCAUCUGCGGCGUUCCCUCUCUAUCCGCUCGAGUCGCGGUCGAUCACCGCCAAUCGGAGGACCUUUGUCUCCGAGGCCAACUUUGUCCUCGCCCAGCACGAGGCCGCUCUCGAGGGCGAGCUCGAUCCACGACGUCUGGCGCCCAAGGGCUCGGCCUCCAUCAUGGCUCGCACAAGAUGGGGCAAGAUCAAGGCGUACAUCGAUUCACCCGGCUUCCGCACCACUCUGCGGACCCGCAUCCGUGCCGCCCGCAAGCAAGCGCUCCGCGAGCACCGCCGCCGUAUCGCCGCCUCGCUCUCGGGCAAGGGCAAGCGGGAGAAGGGCGAGGCUGGCAGCGGCGUCGCGGCGUCAGGCAAGGCAGUUGUUGCUGCCGAGGACACCGGCGGGCUCGGCCACCACCUCGCCAAAGCCACCGGGAGGCUCUCGCUCUCGGACAGCGUCGGUGAUCUGGUGGACAACGUGGCCGAGGCGGCAGCAGCGCUGACCAAGAUGUCGAAGAUUCCGGCGCCCACCUUUCGCAACGGUGCCAAGCGGCGGCGCGCUAUCCGCGACGCAAAGUGGCUGCCUUCGACCGAGACGCAGUUCUCGGCCAAGGUCUCGGCAUCGGGGCGCGAGAUGUCUUACUUGUCGUCGGUCUCGCACUCGGCCAACCUGCUCUCGCCGUCGGAGAGCAAGCAACUUGAGAUGCGCAAGCGAGCGCUAUCUCGGGCGACAAAUGUCAUCCACGAGCGCGCUGCGGAGGUGGUUGCCGAGGCGUCGAUGGCCAACUUGCACCGACCGGGCUCGCGAGUCUCAUUUGCGCGUCAGCGGCUUCGCCAGCGCUCGCGAGCAUCGACACCGUCGACGCCGUCAACACCAUCGACGCUGGCCUCAUCUCGGCUGUCGACGCCUGCAGUGCGCCGGCGGCUGCCGCGGCGGCGGCACACCACCAAGCCGCGCCAUCGCGCGCCGAAGCGAUCUCCGCCGAGGCGGCUGCGGCCACUCACGGCCUCGCGCCACCUGAUCGCUGAUGUCAACGAGUCCGAGUUUCGGACCAAGGGCGCCAACAUGGGCCAGACCGUCGUCUCCCAGCGCCCUCCGACCGCCGGCGACUUCUUUCCGGUCCUCCGCUACGUGCCGGAGACCGGGGCUGAGGACCGAGACAGCCACACGACGCCGCGCACCGCCGGGGAGCGGUUCAAGCUCGAGCGGGUCUCGUCAUCGCGGGCGCAGCUCCUCUCGUACUCACAGGUCGACGUCCACGCCCCAGUCUCCCUCCUCGACUACGAGCUGGCGCAUCCACUGAGCGAGCUCGAGACCGAGCUCAUGUAUGAGACCAAUCCGGAUGCCAUCAUCCAGGCCGAUCACGCCGAUGACGACGCGCUAGUCAAGCGGCUCCGCGACGGGCUCAAGGCGACAAAGCACACGCGCGACCGGUGGCUCAUGGCCGAGCUCAACGUUCGCAACGUCUCGCGCCAGCUUACCUUUACCUCACCCGGGCGACUUGCCAAGCUGUAUGAAGUGUCGAUGGAAGACGCGCACGCGCUAGCGCUGACUCAUUCGAGCGAGGCCAUCAAGCUCGGGCGCAAGUCGGCAGCGGCGCGACGCAAAGCCGAGCUAUUGGAGGCAUUCGGCGCACAGUCGGUCGACUUGCCUCCCAUUCCCAGCCACCACUCGGCAGACAAGUCUACCCACCACUCGGGCGGGUAUGGGGCCGAGGACGCCGAGGCAGAGAUUCGAGCACAGGCGUGUGCCAUUCCACUGGCCACCAAGCUCGUGCCAUCGCUGUCGCCGUGGGAGGCGGCGGAAGAGAGAAUGCUGGAUGAUCUCAGCUCUGCGCCUGCGCGACGCAAGUUCUACCAGCGCCUUGUGGAGUUUGUGACUGCCGACGGCGGAGUGUUCUCGCCGUCGCAUGCCGCGCUUAUCAAGUGGGUCCGGGAUGUGCUGGCGUCGGGCGCGGCCGCCGACGUCGAGAUCCUCAUCGGCGCUGUGAGCGAGGCCGUCGAACGCGGCUGGCGGACCCGUGCAAUCCGCAGGCUGCUCCACUACCUCCGAACCGAGUUUCGAAUCUCGCGCGCAACGUACGCCGCGUACCUGACCCGACUUGGUGCGCCUGAGCUCGUCGGCGAGUCGUCUGAUUCGGCGGACCUCCCGUUUGUCCCGGCCGAGGUGAGCCCACUGCUGGUCAGAUACGCUGUCGAGGAGCGGAGUCCAUUGUCUGAGACCGACAGCUGAGCACUUCAAGCACUCUUGCUAUGGAGGGUGGAGACUUCGUCGAUCACGGCCUGGCUCUGAGUCCCAAUCACAUCCAUGUCCAGCAGCAGGGCCACAUGCUGCGAGAUGACGUAUGACUCGGCGGCAAGGCCCAGCACUCGGCCAACAAGCAGGACUGCACCGACCGCGUAGAACAGGGCCGAGAGCUCGGCAAGCGGCUGGAUGGCAUGGAUAAAGUGGUAAUGGA